AUGCUACGAGAUUUGGCACGUACGCACUCCAAGCAAGGCCGCAAGCUUGGCUCCACCUUGACAAGCAGUCGAUCUUCCGAUAUCAACACCAUCAAAAACAACCCGGAGGACGAUCCAGGGCUGGAUCCUACCAGCGGCAACUUUGACCUGCACAAGUACCUCCGCAGAACACUGGCUGUACUUGAAAUGGAGAGCAUGAUACUCAAAGAGGCAGAUGUGGUCAUGAAGAAUGUCAACGUGUCUGGCAGCGGCAGGGCACUGAAUUACCAGGACACUGUCAGCGGUAUGCUGAUGGCUCCCUUUCGACUCCGCGAAUCUCUGAGCAACACCGAACCCAAGCAUAUACUACGGAAUUGUAACGCCUUACUGAAACGCGGCGAACUUCUCGUGGUUCUCGGCAGACCUGGCGCUGGAUGUAGCACAUUCCUCAAGGCUAUGACUGGCGAGACACACAAUUUGAAAUACGAAAAAAACUCUAGCAUCCACUACUCAGGCAUAGCACAAAAGACCAUGACAAAAGAAUUCAAGGGUGAGGUCGUCUACAACCAGGAAGUCGACAAGCACUUUCCCCAUCUUACAGUGGGACAAACUCUGGAGCAUGCUGCUGCAUUGCGUGUGCCAAACAUGCCCUUAGAGGGUCGAUCAAGAAAGGAGAUGAUAAAACACAUGGUCCAGGUCAUCAUGGCCGUGUACGGAUUAUCCCAUACGUACAAUACGAAGGUUGGGAACGACUUUGUUCGCGGAGUCUCUGGAGGUGAACGCAAACGUGUCAGUAUAGCUGAGAUGGCUCUUGCUUGUUCGCCUAUUAGCGCCUGGGAUAACAGCACAAGAGGCCUCGACUCUGCAUCGGCUUUGCAAUUUGUCAAGUCAUUGAGACAAAGCAGCAAUAUCAUGAACACCACUCAUGCUGUCGCCAUCUACCAAGCAAGUCAGUCCAUCUACGAUCUUUUCGACAGAGCGAUGGUCCUGUACGAGGGUCGACAGAUCUUCUAUGGACCUGCAUCACGCGCAAAGGCUUACUUCGAAGAGAUGGGUUGGGAUUGUCCCUCUCGACAAACGACCGGCGAUUUCCUUACCAGCGUCACGAAUCCUAUUGAGAGAAGGGCGAGGGCAGGUUUCGAGUCCAAGGUGCCACGUACUCCUGACGAGUUCGAAGCUUACUGGCAGGCGAGUCCCGAGUACUUGAACCUGAGACAAGAAAUCGAUGAUGCAGAGGAGAAGUUAGUCAAUGAUGGCAAUUCAGGUCUUACCAUGCUCCGCGCCGCCAAGAGAUUCCAACAGGGAAAGUUUGCCAGGAAAAAGUCGCCGUAUGUUGCCACCAUCGGGACUCAAAUCAAGAUGAACUUAAUCAGAGCUGUCAACCGGGCAUGGAACGACAAAGCGUCUACACUGGCUCCGAUCGCAACCAACGUCAUCAUGGCUCUUAUCAUCGGAAGUGUUUUCUACAAUACUCCGGAAGCGACUGCUGGAUUCGGAUCCGCUGGAGCAGUUCUUUUCUUUGCAAUCUUGUUGAGUGCUCUUGGAGCUAUCGCAGAGAUUGCUACUUUGUAUGCUCAAAGACCAGUCAUUGAGAAGCACAAGUCGUAUGCCUUUUACCACCCUUGGACUGAAGCCAUGGCCGGUUUUGUUAUGGAUAUCCCAAUCAAGUUCUGUGUUACGGUCGCGUUCGACAUAGUCAUUUACUUCAUGGCUGGGCUUCGUCUUGGUGCUGGGAACUUUUUAAUUUUCCUGCUUGUCACCUACAUGGUGACGUUCACCAUGGCCGCCGUCUUUCGCACCAUGGCUGCUCUCACCAAGACUCUAUCACAGGCCAUGGCAUUGGCUGGUGUUCUUGUCCUUGCUAUCAUCAAUUGUACUGGCUAUUCCCUCCCCAUGCCCUAUAUGCACCCCUGGUUCAGCUGGAUUAGAUACAUCAAUCCUAUUCAGUAUGCGUUUGAGAUGCUCAUUGCGAAUCAAUUCCAUGGUAGGAACUUCACUUGCUCUGCUAUCAUCCCGGCUUACUCACCUCCACGUGGUGAUUCUUGGAUCUGCAGCUCUACUGGAGCUGUUGCAGGUCAAGAUUAUGUCAACGGCGAUGCAUAUAUCGCUGCCGCAUACGAAUAUACUCACGACCAUAUGUGGCGCAAUCUUGGUAUACUCUUCGCGUUCUUGGUUGCUUUUAUCAUCAUGUAUCUCUUGGCCGUGGAACUCAACUCGUCCACGACGUCCACAGCAGAAUCAUUGGUGUUCCGCCGAGGAAACGCGCCAAGUUACCUGCUGGCAGACCAGACCGAUGUGAAGGAUGAAGAAUCUGGCGAGAAAACUGUCAAGGCUGCUGCCGAUGGAACCACUGGAAAUUUAGACCUACUACCAGCACAAAAAGACAUCUUCAGCUGGCAUAAUGUUGUUUACGACAUUGAAAUUAAAGGGGAACCUCGCCGUUUGCUGGACCACGUGUCAGGGUGGGUAAAGCCUGGCACACUUACAGCGCUUAUGGGCAGUUCUGGGGCUGGCAAAACCACUUUGCUAGAUGCACUUGCUCAACGAACCACAAUGGGUAUCGUCACAGGCGAUAUGUUCGUCAACGGUAGAUCACUCGAUCCUAGUUUCCAGCGCAAAACAGGUUAUGUCCAACAACAAGACCUCCACCUCGAAACUUCCACCGUUCGUGAAUCGCUUCGCUUCUCCGCCAUGCUUCGUCAGCCAAAGUCCGUCAGCAAGAAGGAGAAAUACGAUUACGUUGAGAGUGUCAUAGAGAUGCUUGGCAUGCAAUAUUUUGCUGAAGCCAUAGUUGGCGUGCCGGGACAAGGUCUCAACGUAGAACAACGCAAGCUACUGACCAUAGGAGUCGAGUUAGCCGCUCGCCCGAAGCUACUCCUUUUCUUGGAUGAACCUACCAGUGGACUGGAUUCACAGAGUUCGUGGGCUAUCUGUGCAUUCCUCCGUAAGCUUGCAGAUCAUGGCCAAGCUGUGCUAUGCACGAUUCACCAGCCUAGUGCAAUACUCUUCCAACAGUUCGAUCGGUUACUAUUCCUCAAAAAGGGAGGUCAAACGGUUUACUUCGGUCAAGUUGGCAAGAACUCGAGAACUCUCCUUGAUUACUUCGAGAACAAGGGUGCCCGCAAGUGCAGCGACGACGAAAAUCCGGCAGAAUAUAUGCUGGAAGUGGUGACCGACCCCAAUGUUGAUUGGCAUGAACACUGGAAGAACAGUGCUGAGUUUACUGCGGUCGAGAAUGAGCUCUACAAGAUCAACAACGAAGACAAGGCCAACAUCGCUGAACCCACGCAAGAAGAAGAAGGCUUCCACUCAGAAUUCGCCAUGCCUUUCUCAAAACAAUUGUACUCAGUGACUUUGCGCGUCUUCCAACAGUACUGGAGAACGCCCUCUUACAUCCUGGCAAAGUUCAUUCUUUGCAUCGCGGCUGGUCUUUUCAUCGGUUUCUCCUUUUACGAUGCUAGUGUGACGCAGCAAGGCAUGCAGAAUGUUCUCUACAGUCUUUUCAUGGUGGGCUCGCUUUUCAGUACUGUUGUUCAGCAGAUCCAGCCUUACUUUGUCACUCAACGAGAUCUGUACGAAGUCCGAGAGAGACCCAGCAAAGCUUACAGCUGGAAAGCCUUCAUUCUUGCACAAAUCAUAGUCGAAGUGCCGUACCAGAUCAUCAGCGGUCUUCUCAUGUACGCCUGCUUCUUCUAUCCGGUCGUUGGCAUACCUUCCUCGGAACGCCAGAUUCUUGUGAUGUUAUUCUGCAUCGCACUAUUCAUCUACGCAUCUACAUUCGCCCAUAUGCUUAUUGCAGCCCUACCGAAUGCGGAAACUGCAGCGGCUUUCGUUGUCUUGCUGUUUGCAAUGAGUCUGAUCUUCUGUGGUGUGAUUCAAUCACCUGCAGCGCUACCAGGCUUUUGGAUUUUCAUGUACAGGGUUUCGUUCUUUACAUAUUGGGUUAAAGGAAUGGCGGCUGCUAUGCUCUGGGGCCGGGCCGUGACCUGCGCACCAGCUGAACUCAGCAUCUUCAACCCGCCGUCCGGUAUGACAUGUGGCGCAUACCUCGAACCUUACCUGCAACUCGCCCCUGGCCAUCUUCAGAACCCUUCAGCCACUAGCAAUUGCAGUUACUGUGCGUUGUCAAGUGCCAAUCAAUAUCUGGGUCCCGCUGGCAUUAAAUGGUCCGACCGAUGGGCGAACUUUGGCUAUCUCUGGAUCUACAUUGUGUUCAAUAUCGUUGUCACUAUCGCACUGUACUGGUUCUUUAGAGCCAGGAAGAUGUCUGGAAACAAGAAGUGA